CUAUGUACUAUUUUCCCUCAACCAAGGGCUGAGCCUGAGUAAAAGCGGCAUUGGGCGCUAGUCCUAACCCAGCGAAAGAAAAGGUGCCUAUUGAAUAUGCCUGACGGCCUCCCAGUUCGCCAAGCCUACGUGGGCCCAGCUAUAAGAGUAAUAUGUUCACAGGCAAUAAUUCUCUCUCAGAUCAAGGAGAUCUCCAGGACUGUCAGGUUUGACAGAAAUAAGAUGAUGUCCUCCAAAUCCUCUACCAUUACGUCGGCCGCGGCCGAACGUGUCGCUUUGACACCCGAGCUCAUGGAACUCAUAUUCCUAGAUACCGACUUACGCACACUUCUCGUGUCAGCGCAAAGAGUGUGCAAGACAUGGAACGGCAUUAUCCAAUCAUCACGUCAAAUACAGUGCGCGAUGUUCUUCGAGCCUAUCGCACCCAGCACAGAUGAGGAGAUCACACAAGGCCGGACCAUCAAUCCCCUGCUCGCAGACCGCUUUCCAUCUUUCUUUACAACUGCUAGAAACACGAUAAAAAGGACUGCAGAUGAAGAAUUCUUGCAGGAGAAUAUAAAAUUCAACGGCGAAAACGAGCCCUUCACAUUCAUGGACGACCCGCCCCGAGGCUCGACUAGUAAGCGUCGUGGCCCAAAGACUGUUCAGCCAACGACGAAGCGAGAUGCUUUCUUGCGCACUGGAUCCAGUUGGCGCAGAAUGCUUCCCCAACAGCCUGCGGCGCCCAAUGUGGGACUAAUCGAGGUGCGUGGUCCAUGUGAGCGAUCGUGGUAUAGCGAUGUCAUCAAACCGAAGCCAGAAGCUGGCAGUGUUGUUACCAUGGGCAUGCUUUAUGAUAUGGUAUAUCGAUUUAUGGGACAAAAAGGGGAUAAAAGCAAGUUUUGCGUCUACUGGCGUAAUGCGAAGAAGGACAAGAGCCAUGAUUUCAGUCAAUGGUACGGUAGGUGUAGGGAGGAAUAUGGUAUCCUAGCUGAUUGGCCAGACGACAUUGGGAUUGUUGUCAUACGAAAUGCCUGUAACAAUGGAGAUUGGAAUAAUUCAGUCCAAUCCAUGGCAUCGUUGGAUGCGAAGUACAAGCCUCAAGAGAUGGUAUUGUACAAUCCUGAGCUUCUUUAUAAGGACGGUGAGGACUGGUUUGGCUGAGGCUUGUAGAUUUCUGUAGUUCAGCUUGUUUCUAGACGCAAUGCUCAAGCUGUCCACGUACUACUUAUAAGAUUCGUCAAAGAUCUUUGAAAUUAU